AAACUUGUGGGAUUUAUAUCGUGCCCGACGUCCAAUAGGAGAGUUUGUUUUCUAGGAACAAAAAUGUCGUUCGAGUCCGUAUUUUCUAUUGGAUAAUAUUAUCGGAUUUUAAAUCAAUGUGAAUCUUCCAUAACGCGAUAUCCAAUAAAUGUAUGCCUUCAAGAUUACGUUCGAAAAUUAAUUCAUCGGAUAAAAUUUUAAAUGCGACUCUGAAAAUUACAAAAUGCGAAGUGAAAAUUACAAAAGUGAAGAAAUUCACUAGAGUAUUUACAAUUUCAUUUGUCGAAAUCUAGUAAAUCUGUUCACUUUUGUAAUUUUCACUUUGUUUCAAACAUAUACAAUCGACCCUCAGAAUUCCGAAUAUAAAGGAUCCAAUGAUCGGCGUCAAAAUGGCUCAAUCUCAUCUCGAUUAAUGGCGGGAGGGCCAAAACGCAUCGUGCAAAUUAAUGACACUUGUUUUACAUGUCGUUAUUAUAUUUCAUAUUCUCUGCGAUAUAACCACAUUAUUUGAUAGUUAAUUAUUUAACAUCGUUAUUCCAUGUGAACAUAUAAUACUUCAUAUCGUCUUCUAACCUAAAUAUUGUACGUAAUGUGUAUUUGUCUGUUUGUUUUUUCUUUAUUUCGUUCCGCGUUUACGCGUAAUUCUAAAAUUUUUUAAACAUAUGCACGUUUCGUACUUUUGAAACCACAGAGAUACUUUACUGAUAAGAUAUUCUAUCCCUGCUGUUUACACUGCCCAGAAUUUGAUAUAAAUAAAAAAAAAAGUGUAUGUGUGUAUAUUUAAUAAUUGUCUCAAAGAGAUCAAAUAAUUCGAAUGAAACGCAUUACGUGUGUAAAUUUCUUAUGGUUGUUUAAAAAUUUUACUAAUAAUGUCAAAGAAGACAGUGCUUGGUCAAAAGAAUAUCCAAUCUACAAUUGUGGGAUUUUUAACAAAAGCAACAAAUAAAAACAAUAUUCUACAGUCUAGCACACCAAAAUCAGCGAAAGAAGAGAAAAUUGAUUUAAAUGAUGAAUCCUUGGAUAAUUUAUAUUCUGAUAAACAAAGAAAGAUGGCUGGAGAUUUAAUAACAAUAGAUACAAUAAUAGAUCUUGAUAAUUCAGACAGUUCAGACUCGUGUAAAAGUCCAUUUACAACACAGGCAAAUAGAAUUUGCAACAUAUCUGAACCGUAUUAUGUUGAAAGUUCAAUAGAAGAAAAAGAGAGGAUUGAAAAAGAAAUCAAAUCUUCAAGUCUAUUACAAAAGGAUACAGAAGAAUACUCUGUGAAAACUUCUUUUAUUCCCGAAUCUUCUGACAGUGAAGAAGAUAAAAAAAAUAUUAGGAAAUGUUUACACUUAAAUCGAAAGCCAAACAAUGCAUUAGUAGAAAAAGAUGAGACAAGACAGGCUAUUGUAUCAGAAAUCAAUCAUUAUACUGAGUGCAACAGCAAAUAUGUUCCUUCCAACAGUCCAACAUUGUUGAAUAAAGAAAAACCUAAUAAAGUCACUAAUGCAAUGUCAAAAAGCAUAGAAAAUGAACACCUAUGGUCUCCUAAGAAACACACUAAUAAUAAACAAAAGGCAAAUAAUAUAAUUUCAGAUUCUGAUACCGACAGUCCUCGUUCAAAGUAUAGUGGCAAAGGAUCACCAAGAAAAGAAUGGGUAGGACCUGAUAUUACAUUGAAUCUUAAAGAUUUAGGUUUUAAUAAGCGGUUGAAUUCAUGGAUUGAAUCUAUUCAAAAGGAACCAGUAAUGUCCACAAUACCUAUUACAAAGGAUAAGUUGCUAGAAAGACGCGAAGGUUUAAAGGAUCUUCAAAUUGAAAUUCUUGACAAGUUUUGUAUUGCUCUCGAAUUGAUCCCAUUACCAAUAUUGGAACAAUUUCCAAAGUUUGAUCGAGAUUCUUUCAAGAAAUUACAAGGUCUACAUCGACAUGUAAAAGCUAAAUUGCGUUUAAUGCAGACAAAAUUAUUAAAGCUACAAAAAGAAGAUGAAAAAGAUGUAUCCAUAUCUCUAGAAACUCCUGAAUCUGUGUCAUCAAACUCAAUGGAGAGACCAAUUUCACAUAUCUCUGAGAGUUGCCUGAUAAAUAAUGAUUUUGAUACAUCGAGUACCUUAAUAUCUAAAACAAUAGACUUUCAUGAAAACUUACCAAAUAUAAUGGAGUCAUGUACAAAGGAGCAUAAUAGUAAUAUAGAAUCCAUAAUAGCAAUCAAGUCAUCUGAAACCACAAUUUCAAGUAAGAAGAGCACUUUCCAAUUGAAAAGACCUAUUAAAACAGUAUUAGGCACUGAAGUUUCCAAAACGAUAGCAGAGAUGUGGGAGAAGGAUCGACAAAUGUCAAAGGCAGUGAAUUCUUCAACAGAUUCUGAAUAUACUCCCAUAUCCAUAAAGGAUACAUUUAAUGGCAGUAUUAAGACAUCACCAAAGACUGAAACAAAUAUGUCCAUGCAAAAGAACAUCAUCAGGAACAGUCCAAACAAUUGGAUUAAUAGUACUAAUAAGUCUCAGGGCAGUUAUACAGUCUCUGCGAACGCUAAUAUAUUAACACAAGAGUUGGAAAAAUUUCCAGCAUUGGAAGAAAAUUGUAACAUAGAUAUGAACGAUGAUUCUAUAGAUUGGCCUGAGACUCAUCAUGCGCAAAGUAGUAAGCACAAUGAUGCUAAUGCAAAACCAAAAUUUGAAAAAAAUAGUGUGGAAUUUGGGAAAUUCACUGGUAAUUAUAAAAAUGAUGGUAUUAGUGGAGAAUUUGAUAGUUUAACCUAUUCACAUUCGCAAGAAAUGUUAAAGAUAUUUCGACAAAGAUUUGGCUUAUAUACAUUUAGGCCAAAUCAAUUGCAAGCUAUUAAUGCAACUCUAUUGAGGUUUGAUUGCUUUGUAUUGAUGCCAACUGGAGGUGGAAAAUCUCUUUGUUAUCAAUUGCCUGCACUUUUAAGUGUUGGAUUAACAAUUGUUAUCUCACCGUUGAAAAGUCUUAUUUUAGAUCAAGUUCAGAAGCUUACCUCACUUGAUAUUCCUGCAGCUCAUUUAUCCAGUUCUAUAACAGAUAAUCAAGCAGAAGCAGUGUACAGAGAGCUCGCCAAAAAGGAACCCAUUCUUAAAAUAUUAUACGUAACACCAGAGAAAAUCUCCGCUUCGCCAAAGUUGUGUAAUACCCUAACUAUUUUAUACGAAAGAGAAUUGCUAGCAAGAUUUGUUAUCGACGAAGCGCACUGCGUUAGUCAAUGGGGUCACGAUUUCAGACCAGACUACAAGCGAUUAAAAUGUCUCAGAGACAAUUAUCCCAAAGUGCCAACAAUGGCUCUAACUGCAACGGCUACACCACGUGUUAGAACAGAUAUUUUGUAUCAGUUGGGUAUGACUAAUCCAAAAUGGUUUAUGUCGAGUUUCAACAGGCCUAACUUGAGAUAUAGUAUAAUCUCAAAGAAAGGGAAAAAUUGCUCCGACGAAGUUAUUGCUAUGAUAAUGACAAAGUAUAGAAACGCUUGCGGCAUUGUAUAUUGUUUAUCGCGCAAGGAUUGCGACGAUUAUGCUGCGCAAAUGAAAAAGAAUGGUAUCAAAGCGUUGAGUUAUCACGCAGGGCUCACUGAUAAUCAAAGAGGCAACUGUCAAGGAAGAUGGAUCUCUGACGAAAUACAUGUUAUCUGCGCGACUAUAGCUUUCGGAAUGGGCAUUGAUAAACCAAAUGUGCGCUUUGUAAUACAUGCUGCUCUACCAAAAUCCAUAGAAGGCUAUUAUCAGGAAAGUGGCCGCGCUGGUCGUGACGGCGAGAUAGCAGAUUGCGUUUUGUUUUAUAAUUAUGCAGACAUGCACAGGAUCAGAAAAAUGAUCGAAUUGGAUAACCCAAAUCCACAAGUCGUUAGUACACAUAUGGAUAAUUUAUUUAAAAUGGUAGCAUUUUGCGAAAAUACUACAGAUUGUCGUAGAUCACUGCAGCUUAAUUACUUUGGAGAAAUAUUUGAUAGACAACAAUGUAUCUCAAAUAAAACAACCGCAUGUGAUAACUGCAGAUGCAAGGAAGAGAUUACACUGCUGGAUGCAACUGAAGAUGCAAAAGAGAUUAUGAAAGCUGUACGAGAUAUCAACAACAGAAAGAAUUGUAAACUUACACUAAUACUCUUAUCACAUAUUUUUAAGGGUAGUGAUCUUAAAAAGAUUAGAGAAACAGGUCUUACAAAACAUCCUCUAUAUGGUCGCGGUAAAUCGUGGGACAAAAGUAAUAUAGAACGCCUUUUACAUUAUAUGGUACAAAUCCCAACAAGACAAUCAAAUAAAUCUACAGGUGGCACAGCCACAGUUUCGACAGUCACAAAGAAAAUUGAUGGCAUUAUAAAAGAAUUGCAAGACCGUUGCUAUGCCGAAUUGAUGACAAUAAUACGGGGAAUUGCUAGUACACUAGAUGUUUCUGCUUCCUCUAUCAUGAAUAUGGUAGCUGUCAGAGCUAUGAGCCAGCGUUUACCGGAGAAUGAAGAAGCCAUGUUACAAAUACCACACGUCACUAAGGCUAACUUUGUUAAAUAUGGCAAAGCUCUCUUAGAGAUUACACAGAAAUACGCAGCAGAAAAAAUUGUAUUGGAAAACGAAAAUGAUGAAGAAGAACAAGAUAAUGAUGAUAAUGAUGACAACAAUAGUACCUGGGAUGACAACGCUUCCAACUAUUCUCGUAGUAGUACUAGCAAUCGCCGCGGUAAGAAACGGAAGAUUGGUAAUAGAUCUAACAGCGCCAACAAAAAGUAUAGACGAGGUGGCUCAAGUAGCGCGGGGAGGGGAAGAGGUUCGUCAAGAGGCACAUCAAAAAAUUCAGCGACAAAAUCUAAUGCAGCUACAAAGAAGACGAUAGGACUUGCAAGUUUUAGUCAGACAAAACAAUAUCUCGCAAAUCCUAAUAGAUACAUGCAUAUUAGUUAAUUGUAUUUCUUUUCUCCAUCUCUGAUAUAUUAUUUUCGGAGUUUGUGGUGCAUUUAUAAUUCCUGUACAAAUCUUGGGAUAUAUAAUGGCCAAAAUUAUCUAUGGCGUUCUAGCCAUUUUAUAGAAUAAAAUAAUUUAAUAAUAAGUGUUUCUGUAAACUAUGCAUUAUAUUUGUGUAUAUGCUCUAAGAAUUCACGAGAAAAGUGUACAUAAAAAGGUUUUUAUGAUAAAAUAUUUUGUUCAAUA